AUGGAUGCAGAAAAGACAAGAGCCGAGGUGAACCCGGACUUGAUGGGUGAACGGCUGAAAUGCAAUUUCAACAUCGAAGAGGUCACGUACAUAAUCGACGGGGGCAGAGAUAAAACUCUGCAGCGUAAACAAGAUAGCGGAGCUUCAGAAGACUCUGUACCAGAAGAGUGUUUGAACCUGAAAGAGCGGUACGAGAACGCUGUCAGAAAAUCAUGCGUGUAUGCCAACAUCGUUAAGAAUGAACUGCUCGAAAUUACUGGAUUGGAAGCACUCGGGACACCUGUGCUACGGCGCACCGCGGACGCUUUCUUCAAGGAAGUGUCCCCUUUCAUGCUGCACCUGGGCAUGUUUGUACCGACCAUCAUCGGUCAAUGCACUCCAGAGCAGCAGGCCAAGUGGCUGCCCCGGGCGCUCGAGAUGCAAAUCAUCGGAGCAUAUGCUCAGACCGAGCUGGGUCAUGGCACAUUUAUCCGUGGCCUAGAGACAACCGCCAUCUAUGAUGCGGACACUGAAGAGUUUGUGCUUCACAGCCCCACGUUGACUUCCUCUAAAUGGUGGGCAGGGGGGUUGGGCAACACCGCUAACCACUGCAUCGUGGUGGCCCAACUGUACACAAAGGGCCAAUGCCAGGGAACCCACCCGUUCAUAGUUCCGAUACGCGAUCUGGACACCCACGAGCCCUUUCCCGGGGUUAAGGUUGGCGAUGUUGGGCUCAGGAUGGGCUUCAACACCGCUGACAACGGCUUCCUCCGCUUCGAUAACUACAGGAUACCGAGGGAGAACUUGAUGAUGAAGAACGCCAAGGUGUUGAAGGACGGCACUUACGUCAAAGUGGCCCGCCAUGGUAAACUCACGUACGGAACCAUGGUUUUCGUGCGAGUAACCCUGGUGAGGGAGGCUGCCUUCAACUUGGCUAAAGCUGUCACCAUUGCAGUGAGGUAUUCUGCCGUUAGGAGGCAGUCGCAGCCCAAGCCGGAUGAACCGGAGCCACAGAUAAUCGACUACCCCACGCAGCAGCACAAGCUGUUCAUCUGCAUAGCGACAGCCCACGCUUUAGAGCUCACCGGGGCCUGGUUAUGGCGCACUUUCGAAGCGGUGCUGGCUGAUAUGAGGGGUGGGAACACGGAUUCCUUGCCCGAGCUGCACGCUCUGUCGAGUUGCCUGAAAGCGAUAAGCACUUCGGACUCCGCUGCGUACAUCGAGCAGUGCCGCUUCGCGUGCGGUGGGCACGGGUACAUGCUGUCCUCGAACCUACCUUUGUUGUACUCGUUCGUGACGGCCACCAGGACCUACGAGGGUGACUACACGGUGCUGCUGCUGCAGACGGCCAGGUUCUUAGUGAAAGCUUGGGAGCAAAUGGAGUCUGGCAAUCCUUUAACACCGACCUUGGCUUACCUGGCACUUGGCGGCGCCAAACAGAAAGUGCCGUGGAGUGCCACGGCUGAAGGAAUCAUACGCUCAUUGCAAGCCGUCGCUGCUGGUAAAAUAUCAUCGUGCAGUGAUAACAUCAAGCAUCUCAUGAAAACGGGCAUGUGUUUCGAGGACGCUUGGCAGCGGACAACCGUGCGGCUGGUGAGAGCGGCCGAGUGCCACUGCCGUGCGGUUAUUUGCCAUACGUACUGGAGCGAAGUGAAGCUACUGACGGCUUCGUGUAGCGAAAACGUCAGAAUCGUGAUGGAGCAACUAGUUCAUUUGUACCUCGUCUUUUGGGCGCUGGAGAUGACGGGCGACCCUCUUGAGGUAUACCACAUGGGUCUCGUCGACGCAUUCGACUUAAGGGACGAGAUAUUGCAAUCCACUUUGGGCGCCUACGACGGUCGCGUAUACGAGCGAUUAAUGGCGGAAGCCUUGAAGAGUCCUCUUAACGACGCGCCGGUCCAAGCGAGCUUCCACAAAUACAUAAAGCCCUUGGCUAAAGCGAAGUUG